GUGAGAUUCAAGAUGUCUGCGCCCAUGGUGUAAAACUUUCGGAUGACUUUCCUGUCAAAAAUACUCGAUGUGUCAUUACUGUAGAAGUUUGCUGUUUCAUUCUGAUGUCCACAGAGAAUGCAAGGUACACGGCUGAUGAAGACCGGGAGUUGUGGAUGCCUCCCCUGAUGCAGCAGUGACUGGACUAUGGGCAACUACAAGUCAAGGCCAACCAUAUCAUGUUCAGAUGAGCUGAAAAAGAAGAUCAGUGAGAGCUAUGCCCUGUUCAGGUCCAAGGCCAUCGAGGACCUGCGCCCUAAGGAGACGGAGUGGUCAGAGAUUCAGGUUGCGUGCAGCCACUGUGAUACCCAGCGAGUCCAGGAGUUGCUCACGGAUGAUGCUGUGCACGACAAGACGGACUCCGGCCUCACUCUCCUCCACAUCUGUUGUCUCUCUGGAGCUGGCCGAGAUCUGAUAAAACUGCUGCUGGAUCGAGGAAGUGAUAUUGACAAGCUGUCAAAAAACCAGUUCUCUCCAUUGCAUCUUGCCAGUUACAAGGGAGAUGUGGACUUGGUGGAGUGUCUGGCCGAAGCAGGGACAGACGUGAAUCAGUUCGGCAACAGUGACGUCACGGCGCUGCACAUCGCAGCCAUGUGCGGGCAUCAUGAGAUAGCAAGAGUGUUGUUUGAACAUGGUGCCACAGUUGAUGUAGAAGAUGCUGUCCGAUUCUCCCCUCUCCAUGUAGCAUCCUAUUUCGGCCAUGAAAAGAUGGUUGAACUGUUGAUAUCACAAGGUGCGGACAUCAACGUGAGUGGGGGUGUGGGUGAUCGCCCUCUACACCUGGCCUGUGCUAAAGGUUACCUGAAAAUCACUCAGCUUCUGGUGGAGGGGACAUCUCAGCAGAAGGCAGACGUGAAUGUGAAGGAUGAUGAAGAACAUCGCCCGGUUCACUUCUGCUGCAAGAGCGGCCAUCUUGUUAUUCUGCACUACCUCCUGGACCACAAGGCUGAUCCCCAUGCCACCAACAUCUACGGCGACACUCCACUGCAUCUAGCAUGUUACAAUGCCAAGGUAGAGGUUGCUAAGCAACUGAUCAACCUGACAGAGUCUGAGAGUCUGCUGACAGAGAACAUCUUCAGUGAGACGCCAUUGCACAGUGCCUGUACAAAUGGUCGGAACCUGGAGCUGGUCAAGUUCUUGCUGGAGCAGCCAGUUGUCAACAUCAACUACCAGGGCAACGACGGACACACAGCACUGCACAGUGCUUCCUACCACGGCCACAUCCGGCUUGUUCAGUUCCUGCUGGAGAGUGGGGCAGACAUGAACCUUGUUGCGGCCGUUAGUGACCAAAAUGGCGGCAGUGAGAAGAAAGAGGAGCAGACGGCUCUGAUGUGGGCCUACGAGAGAGGUCAUGACCAGAUUGUGACGCUAAUCAAACAUCACAAACGACCCCAGGAUGAAUCGGCCUGUGGUGACUACUCACAGCCUGGGGGGGACGGGUCCUAUGUGUCCGUCCCCUCCCCCCUGGGGAAGCUCCGAAGCAUGACCAGAGAGAAGAUCGAUGUGCUGCAGCUGCGAGCCACCCUUCCCUCCCGCUUCCAUCUGCAGAUCACAGACAUCGAGUUCCAGGAAACCAUCGGCAGCGGCUCCUUCGGGAAGGUCUACAAGGGAAAGUGCAAGGGAAAGACAGUAGCCAUUAAAAGAUACAGGGCGAAUUCCUUCGGUGCCAAGUCCGACGUGGACAUGUUUUGUCGGGAGGUUGCCAUCUUGGCCAAGUUGAAGAGCUCUUAUGUCAUCAACUUCGUCGGAGCUUGUUUGGAUGACCCUAGUCAAUUUGCCAUCGUGACUCAGUACGUGUCUGGUGGCUCCCUCUUUAGCCUGCUCCAUGAACAGAAGAGGUUGAUAGACAUCCAGUCCAAACUGACGAUAGUUAUCGACGUAGCGAAAGGCAUGGAGUACCUCCACAAUCUCCCUCAGCCAAUCAUCCAUCGGGACCUCAACAGCCACAACAUCCUGUUGGACGAGAACGGACAUGCCUUGGUCGCCGACUUCGGAGAGUCCAGGUUCCUGAGAUCGACAGAAGAGGACAACAUGACGAAACAGCCAGGGAAUCUGCGUUGGAUGGCGCCGGAGAUCUUCACUCAGUGCACCAAGUACAGCAUCAAGGCAGAUGUCUUCAGUUUCUCCCUGUGUCUCUGGGAGCUGCUGGCCGGGGAACUGCCCUUCGCCCACCUGAAGCCAGCGGCUGCAGCGGCAGAGAUGGCGUACCACAACACCCGUCCUCCAAUCGCCAUCACCUUCCCCAAGCCCAUCGUGGCCAUCCUGCAGCGGGGCUGGCAUGCUAAUGCUGAUGAGAGACCCGAGUUCCGUGAAUUCCUGCCCGUCAUGGAGGAGUGCAAACAGUCGCAGGCGGUUGCCAUGCUUAGUAAUGCAGAUUCCGGGGCCACAUUAUCCUUUCCCACUUCGUUGCCAAUGGUAACGGACACGGACUCGGACCAGGAAGGUCGGUCGACCCCACCACUAACGGGACACGUGUCGGCCAUGAGGAGCCACUGGGAGCAGGAGGCAUCACGCAACAGUGUUCCCCCAGGAGAAGAACAAAGAAGACGACUUCCAUUCCCACAACUUGACAAAAAUGGUUACGUGUCGGACCCACUGAGCACACUCCGAAUACCGAUCAAUUUACCACGACAAUCUCCGCCCAUCUGUACACGCAACAUGUCCGAAAGCCCGCCCAUAGAUCACUCAUGACAGCAUGUUACCAUGGUUACAUCACAGUCAGCUGACACUAUCCACUGUCUUAGCCACACAUAUAACAUCAUUUUUCUAGCAGUACAAACCUGUAUAAGUAAUAUCUUUUAGAGUUGUUUGUAAUUUUAAAAUAUCUAAUUUUAGUAAAUGUUAAGACUUAAAUCUUUGUACAGAAUAGCCUAUUCAGGUGAUAUGAUCAUGUUUCUUAAAAUCAUGUUUCUGUACUUUCUAUGUCCGUGUUUACAGCAUGCACUGGGGCACGGGUGGCACAGUUGUCUUAGGGGCCGCAGUCUGUAGAGCAGAGUUGCCUCCCUUAGGCAUACCAGAAACCUGUGACCAUGGGUUGGAUCCCACUUUGUCUCAAAAUACAAUACCGUAUUCGACGUAAUAAGCACAUCGGGCUCUCUCAAAAUUAGAAAUAGGGGGCUCUUAUUAGAAUAUUAUUUUGGUGAAAAAAGCAGAGUUGAAAGAUAAAUUUCGUGGUUU